UGUGACUAUCAAAAGUAGUUGUCUGUCAAUAAAUCGUUCUUUUUAAUUCUGAAGAAAUGAGCAUUUAUUUUUGACAUAACUGAGUUUGAAUUAAUCUUUAUUUAAAAAGGAUAAAAUGGAUAUUUCUUUCUUUUCAGUUUUUCAUACACUUACUUUAUAAGAUGGAUCUUCAUCCUAAGUCAUUACGGGAAAUUAUUUUUGACACACUGGGCAUUAAUUCUGCCUUAAUUUGUGCAGUGCGUAUAUCAGACAGUAGAUAUGUACAACGAUAUAUUGAUAAAGGAGCUGAUGUUAAAAACUAAGACAUUUUAUUUUGAUACAUCAGUGUAUGCACCCAAUAUAAUGUUUAAAACAUCUACUGAGGCUAGAUCUGAUAUCAACAUACAAGAUGCUUCUGGAAAUACUGAACUCCACCUCGCAUCGCAAAUGGGAAAUAGUGAAAUCGCUAAAGCAUUAAUUAAAGGAGGCGCUGAUGUGAAAGCACAAAAUCCUGAAGGAUAUACUGCACUUCAUUUUGCAUCUUUGUCUGAAAGCAGCGAAAUCGUUGAAGCAUUACUUAAUGCCGGUUCCGAUGUAAAUGUUCAAGAUGCAUCUGGACAUACUGCACUACAUGUCGCAUCUACACUGGAAAACACCGGUAUCGUUGACACAUUAAUUAAUGCAGGAUCUGAUAUUCAUAUACACGAUUUUUAUGGUAAGUGUAAUGCUCUUCAUAUUGCAGCUCAGUUUGCAACAGCUGAAAUUCUUGAACUGUUGAUCAAAGCUGGAUGUAAUGUCAAUUCACUAAACAAAGAAAAAAAAGCUGCACUUCACUACGCAUCUGAGAACAUGAAUACAAGAAGUAUUAAAACUUUGAUCGAAGCAGAUGCUGACAUAAAUCUUCAAGAUGAUAAUGGUAACACUGCACUUCAUUUUGUUUUACCCGAAAUAGACACAUAUCAUAGAAUAAGAUACAAUCAUCGACGUCCUCACGAAGAUGAUGAUAGUUUGUCUGAGCAUCUUGAAAAUGUGAAUCAGAUUGUUAAGCUAUUCAUUGAAAAAGGUGUGGAUGUGAACAAACAAGGCACGCAUGGAAACACAGCCCUACACCUCGCCAUGUAUUUGCCAAACAAUAUUUCACUCGUUAAGGCAUUAAUUGAUGCUGGUGCUGAUGUUAAUAAACUGAAUGAAGACAUUGAAACUGCACUACAUUUGACAUAUCAAUCAAAUAACGGUAAUAUUGUUAGACUGCUGAAAGAAGCAGGUAUUGAUGUCAACAAACAAAAUAGAAGUGGAAAUACUGCUCUGCAUCUUUCCUCCUCAUCGGCUUCAAAUGAAAUUGUUCGGGAACUAAUUAUAGCGGGUGUAGAUGUUAAUAAGCAAAAUUCGUUUGGAAGUACAGCACUGCAUUUGAAUAUAGGAAGAAAAUGUAAUUAUAAAAAUCUGGAAACUCUUAUCAUGAAUGGCGCUUAUUCAGCUACUUGUGUUAAGGACAAGCAUGGUAUGGACCCAUUGCAGCGUAUGAAAGAUGGUAAUGCAUUUUUAAAUGUGUUUAUAUUACAUAACCAUUUCAGUUUGUACAGAGAUGUUUAUGGAAAUACAAUAUUACAUUUGUUUAUUGAAAAUGCCAAUCUGAAAAGUGAGGGGACAGUAUGGGCAUACAUUUGUGACCAGCAAAACAUUUUUUUUAAAUAUCUAUGUACACAAAAUAUGUUUGGACAAACACCUUUACACAUUGCUGCGUCUAAGAAUGAUGGUAGCGAACUGGCACUUGAAUUGAUUUUUUCAAACUUUGAUAAAUGUAAUUUGAACCUGCUUUUAGAAGAUGAAAAUGGCAAUACAUUUUUCAUACAUUCUUGUCUUUAAUUAGAUGUUCUGCUCCAAAAAUGGAAUGUAAUAUAUUACCAUUCAUUAAACGUCUCUUGGAAGGAGAAUACAGAACUUGCUCAAAACAAAAUAUGAAGAAACUUGUGCAGUCUAAAAAUAAAUCAGGACACACACCACUACAUAUCUUUGUGAACAAGACUAAUGAAUUCAGUUCAUUAUCGAAUACUUUGAUCAUAUGUGUUUUAGAAUUUUUUCUAAAAGCUGGAGCUGAUAUUAACUCAUGCAACAGUUUAGGUGAAACACCUUUACAUUCACUGAUUAAUUUCUUUUGGGUGAAACAAGAAACAAUAGAAUUUGUACUCAAAACUGGUGCAUACGUGAACGUGCAAAAUAUUUUCGGCGAAUCGCCAAUAUUCAAAGCCCCUUUGUUUAGAUGGUUUCGUUUAGCAUAUGAUGCUAGCUGCUUGGAAUUAUUAAUCAAAUAUGGGGCUAGGACCGAUAUAUGUAAUGAGCUAGGACAGACUCCAUUAAUUGUGCAUAUGCUAGAAUCACCUGAAACGUUUGGUGACGGGUCAAAACGGCCCAAAUCCAUGACGGUCCUACACCAAGACGGCCCAUACCAUGACGGACCAGUUUUCAUUAAUAACCAAGAAUAACCAAGAAUUUCAUUUU